AUGACUACUUAUAAGAUUGUCGUCUCCGGUGCAGCUGGUCAGAUUGCGUACUCGUUGUUACCUCUCAUUUGCAUUGGCCAGGUGUUUGGACCAAACCAACGAGUUGAGCUGCGUCUUCUCGACAUUCCAUCGGCCCAGAAUGCACUCGAAGGUGUUAAAAUGGAGUUACAGGAUUGCGCUUUUAAUCUAGUAGAUGCUAUCAUCCCUACGUCCGACUUAGAGGUAGCAUUCAAUGAUGUGAAUGUUGCCAUUCUCGUCGGUGGUUUCCCACGACAGCAAGGUGUGCAACGCAAAGAUUUAAUUGAAAAAAACGUUGCUAUCUUCAAGGCUCAAGGUGCCGCGAUUGAGAAAUUUGCCAAUCGCGAUGUCAAAGUGCUAGUUGUUGCGAACCCUGCCAAUACAAAUUGCCUUAUUGCCAUGGAAAAUGCGCCCAGUAUACCACGCAACAAUUUUUCUGCACUCACGCGUCUAGAUCACGAGCGUUUACGCUCGUUUCUCGUAGAAAAAGUCAACGAGACACAGAGCGCAAAAGUGACGUCCAAAGACGUAAAAAAGGUCGUGAUUUGGGGUAAUCACUCAAGCACUCAAGUACCUGAUGUCACUAAUGCUACAGUGAAGGGCGCACCAUUUGAUAAAAUCGUGUCAGACAAGGAAUGGAUUGAAAAAAAACUCGUGAAAGAUGUUCAGGAGCGUGGUGCAGCUAUCAUCAAAGCUCGCAAGCUUUCGAGUGCCAUGUCCGCCGCUGCUGCCAUUGACAAUUUUUCGUUGCGGAGGUCAAGAAGCGACCAUCACUUUGACCCUGGACAAAAGUACGUAGCGGCGUGA